AGUGCUUUUUCCGGGCCUAGCAAAACGAUAACAUUGCUGAAGUCUGAAAGACGAAAAGGAGAACGUGUUAGUCGGAAAGAAAAUAAUUAUUGAAAUCUCUCAGACGUUGCAUUAACAAAUAUGUUGGAAGACCUCAGUAUCAGCAACUGAAGACUGUUUACGGCAUGUCCUUUGUUUACUAAACACACAUUAGCCAACUGAGCCCAGCGCUGAUUAGGUGUCCUCUGCACAUUGUAUGAGCAAGAUCAUUCACCAUGGAAACCGAAGCAGAAGUUAUUCCUAUUUGGCAGAACAAGCCUCAUGGGUCGACUCGCAGUGUGGUGAGGAGAAUAGGCUCUAUUGUACCCAUGAAACCACCGCCCAGGGCAUGUUUCCAGGAACUCCCAGGUCUCCCUCCUCUGCGGCCCAUGGAUGGCCCCACGGUGCCCACACUGGCAGACAUUGCCUGGAUUGCAGCAGAUGAGGAGUCUGAGACCUAUGCCAGAGUGCGGAGCGAUUCACGCCCUCUUAGACAUGAGUGGCGACCCACGCCUCUCCUGGUUAUGCACAGGAACUCCUCUGUGCCCAACUUCCGCCGCGACGUCAAGAAGGUGGAGACGCUGAGGAAGCCUGCGGUGACGGCCAUGAACCGUACCACUUCCCUGCAGGAUGAGCUGAGCAGACUCCGCUCCCAGAUCGCCAAGAUCGUAGCCACAGAAUCUGGCUCCAACCCCUUGACCCCCGACCUCCUGUCCCCCGACGACACCAGCAUGAGCUUUUCCAUGGCGCCCUUCGAGACGGCGCCCUACCAGCCCGCCGCCUCAGCCUCCUUCGUCAUCAGCGACGUGACGGAAGAGGAAGAGGAGGAAGACGAGGAGGAGGAUGUGGUGUCUGUGGUUUCGGAGCUUAUGCCGGACCCAAUGCCGCCCGCAAACAUGUCUGCCUCCAUGACGGCCUCGGCGACCUUUGACCUGGACCAUCCCAGCAUGGACUUCCGGGAGGCGGAGGAGGAUACAGUGUCGCUGUCCAAGUCCACCAGCUUUGCUGACGUCAUGGACAUCCUGAAGGACAUGAACCGCAUGAAGAUGAGCAAGGACAGGUGCAACAGAGGCUGCACCUCCCUGAUGGGGGAGUCGGACUCCGCCUCGCUGAUCUCCGAGGCCUUGAGGAAGAAGUUUACCCUGAAGGAUGAAGACAUCAGGGGGAUGAAGAAACACAACUAGAGCCCCCGUAGUCCUCCACCUCCCCACGCCUGUGCCUGACGACCCAGUCCCGUGGAGACCCGGGUGCACCUCAUCAACCGUGGCAACGGUUAAACCAGAUGUCUGGAAAAACAAACCACCACCUCCCAGCAGGCCCAGUCAGUCUGAACCCAACCAAAUCUAAACCAUACCCUUGCUAUUAAAAAUAUUGCCUAGUCAGACCAUGGUAGCAGCUGGCUGAUAGGCACUAUUAGAUGGGUGCUGUUUGACGUAGCACAGAGAAUUUUUGAGCAACCUUAACCUGUCGAUUCUUCCUCAAUUCCAGACUUGGAAGACAACUAAUGUCUUCUAAAAGUCAAUGUCUAGUUUCAGGGGGUUUGAAUUUAGAAAAAUCAAUUGUCUGCCACCCAUUAACAAUGAUUAAAAAGAAAAGUCAAAAGGUUUGACAGCAGUACCGUAUAAAAUGCAAGUCAGUUCGGAACAGGUUUUUGAUGUCCCAAUACCUUGGCAUCGAGUCUAUGAACUGACAUAUAAAACAAUAAUUUAUCAAUCUGUUAAUUUUAAUUUAAGCUAUUAUAUAAAAUACUUACUACAAAAAGAAUGCUCAAUAUAUGGGGUAUUGGACAGUCAGCCUUGUGCACACUCUGCCACAAGGAAACAGAAUCAAUAGAACAGUCAGCCUUCUGCAGACUCUGCCACGAGGAAAUAUAAUCAAUUUAACGUUUUCUGGUACUGUCCAUCGUUGGCUCGCUUUUGGAGUCAGGUCCAGGAAUGGUUGUUAUGUCAUAUCAGGGUUCAGAUGGACAGGCCGACUAUUGUUAUGGCAUCGGAACAACCACGAUCAGUCAAUGGGGAAAUAUCAUUGUAGUCUUGGGUAAAGUAUUUCUUUUCAGGGCAAUAUCGGUAGAAAUGUUACAAAUAGGGAGGUUCAGGAACCUCGUAAGACAUCACAGUAAAAUGGAGGUAUGUAUUGCAAAAGGAAAUUGCUAAAUGGCGUUAUAUUGGGAAAGAUGGGUUUAUCUGAGGACAUGGGAGGGCUGGAGUUAAGAUCGGGAAGGAAAUGUGAAUUGGCUGCUGUGGGUGAAAAUCCAGCACUUGAAGUAAGACUAAAUUAGAAAUAUAAUUGUAUAGUUAUUUAAUGACAGGUACCGUAGAUGUGAGCGAAACAGCUGUAAAUAGCAGAAGUAUUGUAGUCUGUUAGUUUACUCCAAUCAGAGUAGGGAAAUGAAUAAAUAAGGAGAUUGCAAAUGAUGCAGACAAUUUCAUGGAUAGAACCUACAAUCUAUCUGCAAUAUUAAAGCUGAUCUACCCCCCCCCAAUAAAGAAAUGGAAUUGUUUUGCUCCAUGAGGUAAUCCAACAAUGUGUACACCACCAUCGUGCUCAUCUUCUCUCAUUGAUUAAGUCAGGUGGGUGUCCACCCUGUAGUGCCGCAUGUCAUGAUGAAACUCACUUGACUUUGAAAUAGUCAAGAUGGUGGCGUACACAUUGUUGGAUUACUUCAUAGAUCAAAAAAUGUAUAACAGCAUAUUCUAAAUUCAAACAAACCGCCUGCAACUAGAUAUGGAUGUUUUAAAAUACAUUUGGUCUUCCAAGUCAGGAAUGGAGGAAAUCUCGCAAAGUGAACGUUGGUUGAAAAUUCUGUGCUAUGCUAAAUGGUACCUAACCUGUAACGGCUGAUGGAGCAUCACAUUAGCCAUUACAAUAUGCUAGCUAAACCACACCCCUCCUGUUAUUCAAUCAACACUCUGUUUACACUCACUGUCUGCUCCCAGACACCUCCCAAAAAGGUAGAGCCCUUAUCCCAUUGCUUCAGGAGCAACGUAAUUUUGUGGGCACUGUAUAACAUGCCCUACAGAUUCACCUACUUUGAUGGCUCUCGCUAAUCACCAGACUGACUCCAGUGCUGCCCAGUCUUCUUUUUAUGUACAGGCUGGGGUUUCUCUAGGAUAUAGUACCUGUCCUAGUACCACGAGAGAAACCAUUUCCCCCUUCUUUUUGUUGUUGUUGACAAGCUUAGACUUUGAACAGAAGAGUUGUGGAUGGAUGCAUUUGUUGGAGUGGGAUUAUUUUUUUCUCAUUUGUAUAGUUGUGAUAAUACAUACUUGAAGUUGUAUGUACAAGUAAGACUGCGGAGAGUAACGGAUUACUACAAAACACUUAAUUCUCUGUUAAUUUACAGCUAAAAAAGCUCACGUUUUUCAGUGUAUAGUUGCAUUAGAAAUACAAUAUUGACUUUGCGGUCAUAGUCAAUGUGUACAACACAGGUUUAUUUAUUUGCUGUCUUCAGGACCUACUCAUUAACCCAUUGCAUCAAUACGAGAAAAUGUUAUUGCUGGCCUUGGGGUAAUGAAUCUCAGAAUUUAGCUUGAUUGAUGGCCCCUUGGUUUAACAUGAUACAGAUAAAUAAAUCCCAAUUAAAAUCAGUGGACGGCCAUGGCUAAAUAUGAAUGAUAUGUGUUUGAUGUGUAGUCUUCGGACUUGUGAUACAAGGAAAGCUUGGAAGACUUAUAAAUCUACCGUAAAAUGUGAAUGAAAGUUUUCUCUUUCCUUGUGUGAUGUUGAGCUAUAUCUGCCUGUUAAGACACCAGAGAACAACUGUACAGGUUUUUUUAAUGUAGAUACAAAAUGUCAGAUUGCCCUGUGGUGUAGAAUGCGUGGCUCUUGGGAAUGUGACAAUGUGCAUGUUUGCUGUCACGAUACACUAAAAGAGAUGAGUAUGAGUGACUCUUGUCUUUUUGAAAAUGAUCUCCUGUUGACGCCUUAUAACAAAACCUAUUGCCUCUUCCAAUAUGGCAGUUAUUUUUAUUUAUUGGUUGGUGUGCCGUAACUUUCCACAGUUUGUCGUUUUCCUCAGUUUGCCCCACCUCUUGAGCCCUUAAACUUUUACGCAACCACCCAUAGACACAUUGUAUCUGUCCCAUUAUGGCGUCUGUGAGAGCACCGGCAGCGCCAUUGAGGCCAUCUCCAUUUUGAGGUAGUCAGGUUUGUCAUUCUACUUCUAUGAGUUGGCAAACAAACUGAAAGGGUGCGCACUGCCACCUAGAGUGUGUUUGAACAGGUAUAAAGACUAGGUUUGUCGAUUUACUGCCACCUGCAGUUAUGGAAUGUUUGCUCACUAGUAUAAUUCAUUGGCUGAUCCCUCCUGGUGACCUGGAUUCAAUUAUGUGAUCCUUCCUUAAGCCAUAGGAAUCCCUACCCAGUUUACUACUUUAAAAUGGUGGGAGCCCUCAAUGGCAAUGUCCAUGAAAAAACGUGUUUUAUCCGUCUAGAGACCUCUAUCAAUCUCUUUGUCAACAACCACACUUGACAUUUCCUUACAUCAAGUGACUGACUUGACUACUUCGGGAGCCAAUCAUGUGUCAUUUCUUCUCCUUUAUCAUGAAACCCCUCCCCCUCACAGAAGAAAUGCUUCUCCACUCAUUUUGAGUUCUUAUCAUAUCAGGAUAAGAUAAUUAUAUUACUGUACCCUUUGUUGAGAUGUGUGAAUACCAACUUGCGUCUAGGCAGUGGAACUGUAGUUUAGUUUGCAGUGAAAGCGAGGUCCCACAAAGUUAUCUAUGGGGUGAAAUAAGGACGUGCCCAGCUGUGUGUUAAGGUCUGUAUCUCGUCUGUUUUUUUUUCUUCAGUGUCUGGCUCUUAGGUCUUUAACCAAUAUUCCCAUUUUAAGUGUGCAAAAUCGAGAGAAGCAAAGCUUUGAGCUGAGCAUUUCACAAAGUAUGUUUCAGAUUUAUUUUACAUUUAAGGUUUGGCAUUACCCAUGUGGUCAAGAGUCUGUCUUUACAGGCGUUUUGUGAACCCCACAGGGAACGGAACCAGGGCAGUUAUUACCAUUCUUGGUGCACCGGCGUUCCUAUUGAUAGAAAGGGAUCUUUACUGAACAUUUCAAUCGCCAGCUUUGUUUUUUAUUCUCCUUUGCCUCCAUUUUUGUUUUGGAUAACUAUUGACCAUGCCACAUAAUGGUCUCUGAUAAUAUGCCCGCCAUACUUGUCCGUUUUAUUCUGCCAAAUGGAAGAAAGAGCUCUUUGUCUGUCUUGUUUUGAAACGUAAAUAAAGAUGGGCUGAUGUUUUAAA